GGUGCAGGAUGAUGAUCCUCUCACUAACACGGAUGUUUUUCCUAGCAGAGUGGAGAGGAGGCUUGCAGGUUUUGAAGUUGUGUGUGUGUGUGAGAAAGAGAGAGAGAGUGAGAGCGUAAGCCUACGUAAGCUGUGAUAAGUUCCACAGGUUGUUUUGCAUCUAAAGAAGCUUCCACUGAGGAAAGUCAGGCCUGUGUGGUGCAGGAGACACCAAGGUACCCCGGGAGCUCCUCCCUGUCCCCUCCCGCCAGGGCAGGGCCUCAUGGGGACGUGUCACCGCCUAGCAGAUGGCUUUACACCUCAAUCCUAUUAGCAACUUUCUGCUGAUGGAGGCCUGUGGUCAGGCAGCUCCUCUAAUCUCCAGUGAACAGACCCCAGCGUCUCACCUUUAUAGACAAGCCUGAGGCUCGCUCGCUGGUCAGGAUGUCUACGGAGAAGAAACCAAAGAAGAAGAAGGCAGAGUCUGUCCCUGCCCAGACCAACGGCACGGACGCCAAGCCGAAGAAGACCAAGAGCAAGAAGAAUGAGGACCUCUCAGGAGACGAAAGUCCUGCUGUUCAGAAUGGCAAGAAGGUAAAGAAAAAGAAACCAGAGAAGGAGAAAGAGGAGGCAGAGAAAGAGAAGCCAGAACCGAAGAAGAAGACAAAAAGCGCUCCAAAGAAGAAGAAAAGUUCGGACACAGACGACGAUGAGGAUGAUGAGGAAGACACACCCCAGAAAAAGACCAAAAAAAAGGCCUCAAAGGAGAAUGACAGCAAGGAGAAAGAGAAGAAGUCCAAAUCUAAAGAUGACAAGGACUCUGAAGGAAAGAGCAAAUCCAAGACUAAAAAGGAGCCGGCGUCCAUGUUCCAGAUAAAUGGAGAUUCAAAGACAGACUCCAAGACCAAAAAAAAAGCAGCUAAAUCGGAGAGCGAUGACAGUGAACCUGAAACGAAGCCGAGCAAGACCAAGAAGAAGACCAACUCCAACCCUGCCUCCAUGUUCCAGGCCGGAGGAGACAAGGAUAAGGGCAAGGACAAGGAGAAGGGCAAGGACAAGGAGAAGGGCAAGGACAAGGACAAGGACAAAGACAAGGACAAAGACAAGAAGACCAAGAAGAAAGCCAAAGCAGAGGAGAGCGAUGACUCUGACUCAGAAGUGACGCAGAAGAAGAAGAAGGGUAAAGGGAAGAAAGGCAAAAAGGAAGAGAGACCUCCCUCUCCUGAUAUCGAGUUUGACAACCUGGAGGAGUUUGUUCUCCAGCCUGCCCAGCAGGGGGUGACCGUCAAAUGCAGGGUGACCCGGGACAAGAGAGGCAUGGACAAGGGCCUGUACCCCACAUACUACCUCCAUCUGGACAACGACAAGAAGGUCUUCCUCCUGGCUGGAAGGAAAAGGAAAAAAAGCACCACAUCCAACUAUGUCAUCUCCAUAGACCCCACGGACCUAUCAAGAGGUGGAGAAAACUUCAUUGGAAAGUUGAGGUCUAACCUCAUGGGGACCAAGUUUACAGUGUUUGACAACGCCCUGAACCCAGACCGAGCCCUGCCAGACAUGUCCAACGCUCGCCAGGAGCUUGCUGCCAUCAUUUACGAAACCAACGUCCUGGGGAUGAAGGGGCCGAGGAGGAUGACGGUGGUGAUACCAGGGAUGAACAAGGACAGCGAGAGAGUUCCCAUCCGACCCCGAACCGACAACGACGGGCUGCUGAUCCGGCACCAGAAUCGGAACCUGGAGAACCUCAUCGAGCUGCGGAACAAGACUCCAGUCUGGAACGAGGAGACGUCGUCCCACGUGCUGAACUUCAACGGCAGAGUCACUCAGGCCUCCAUUAAGAACUUCCAGAUCGUCCACACCAAAGAUGUGGACUACAUCGUGAUGCAGUUUGGUCGCGUUGCCGACGAUGUCUUCACGCUGGACUACAGCUACCCCAUGUGUGCUAUUCAGGCCUUCGCCAUCGCUCUGUCCAGCUUCGAUGGGAAGAUAGCCUGUGAGUAA